CAAUCAGACCCCCUUGGCUAGUCAUUGUUCGUCCGACUAAAGGCAAAUUCGGUUCGAUCAUCCGUUCGUUCGCCCAAAUUCGAGUUUUGUGAGAAAGAUACUAAGAAAUUUAUAUACAAUGGAACAUAAUCGUCGCGAGAUAAACACAAGAGGAUUGCAGAGCCCGUCGCUGGGUGGCGGGGAUGCGGACAACAGUGUCCUGAUGCGGCGUGCACCGGAUGCGGAGCAGCAGCAGCCGCCGCAGCCACAGCAGCCACAGCAACAGCAUCAUCAUCAUCCAGUGGAACAGCAAGUGGAGCGUCCGAUAGCCAACAGCCAGAUGGUGUCUCGCCCUCGUCUUCGUCGAUCCGGCUCCGAUCGGGUGGACAUAAUCCUGCCCUGUGCCGCUGGAGCCGCUACCUCGGAAGGUGCUGCUAUGGCUAUAGUGGCGGAGCCAUUGUCAGGUUCCGAGCUAACCGACACGCCCGCGCCCCAGCCCAAUCCGCUGGUGCGCUUUUGCCUUCGCCUGGGCCUAAGCGCCCUACUCCAUCCAUACGAAAUGGCAAAGAUACUCAUCCAGCUGGGCCACGAGCCAAUUACGGCGCUUCCAUAUCAGCUUCCGUUUGUGGGAUGGCGUCCACGCUUCUAUCUGCCCGGCGUGCAGCAGUAUGUCAUGCACAUCUAUCAGUUGGACGGCUUCAGGGGUCUAUAUCGCGGACUCGGUCCCCGUCUAGUCUCUGGUGCUUUUGACUAUCUGCUGGGCGACGUGAUCCUGGAUGCCAUCCACCUAACUCCCUACACCCGCUGCGUUGCAAAGUCCCGAUUCGGAGCUCAGGAGUUUCUUUGGAACCUGAUGUGCGACACCAUGAGGCUGGCCUCGUCGGUGGCCAUUACGCAUCCCUUCUACGUGGUAAUGGUGCGCCAGGUCGCCCAGUUCGUGGGCCGGGAAGCAGUCUACGAGGGCCUUUGGAGCAGUCUGAAGACUUUGCUGGACACCGAUGGUCUGGCGGGACUCUAUGCCGGCGUCGUGCCGCUUUUCCUGGGCGAGUGGGCCAUCCUGGCCGGCACCAGUGUUGCGACUCACCUGUGCCACCGCCUCGUUCCGAUGAGCUUCAUCCAGCAGCAGUACAAUAGCGUCAUUAUCCAGAUGGUGAUCAGCAAGCUGGUGUAUCCCCUGCAUGUCACUGCCGCCUGCAUGGCGGCCACCGGAGCUCCGCUCUCCGCCUGCGAGCCGCCACGGAUGCCGCUUUAUAACCACUGGGUCGACUGCCUUGCCGAUCUUCAAGCCCGCGGUGGCCACCACCGUGGAGGCCUGCUCUUUUGGCGUACGGUGCCCAAGAUCCAGAUGGUGCGUCACCUGGAUACUAAUGUCCCCCCCUUGGGGACUAAAUAGAUGGGAAGAGAAAGAACGAUGAUGGAUUCCUCGUGAGCAUAGCCGAGUAGCCUAGUCGGAAAAUGACAAAUCAGAGUUGUAUAGUAAAUUGUUGGAUAUAUCUCAAUGAAUAUUGUUUAAUAAAUAAAUGAAGCAAAUAAGUUUGCUUCCGAUUUCGAUAAUAAA